UGUAGUCACUGACUUGUCUGUCGUCGAUUUUUCACUCGUUUAGUCUUUGAAAAAGUAUAAGUCACCGUUCCCGAAUCAAAAUUUGUUUUAAAAUUUUUAAGAAGCCCCACAAGCGUGAAUGUAGCGUAUUUAAGUGCGGUUCAGUGAAAAGUGCAAAGCACACGUGUAUCACACCUCAAUGGUCAUUACCUUCCGGAAAAGCGAGAUCGGGACAAACGCAAUCCAAAGACGACUGCUAGUGCAGCACGCUGAACCAUUGGCAGCAGGAGGGCUAAUGUCCAGAUUCUAGAAUUCAAAUUGCAACAGCUGGACUUUGCACACCACUAGGAGGAACUUAGAGAAGUCAAAGCGAGAAUUUUUUCCUACAUUUUCAUCAGGCGUGUUUUGUGAAAGGAUCAAUAGAAAAAACACUGAACGUUAAACAAUUCACCGACAUAUAUAGAGGGGAAACAGUUAAUUCCAUUCGGUUAUAUUCUGGUGAGAAGUGAGCGCAACGCAGCUGCACCCAAGAAGCGAAUUAGUGACCCAAGUAGCCCAGCGCCGCCGAGGAUCCAGUUCCAUUCUCCAGCCAGCCGCCAUCUCAGGGUGAGUCCCUGACAAGCAGCCCCAACGGCGUCCCAGACGAUUGUCCUAUCCAGCCCGGACAACGCAGCCGCGGCCCCCAAAACCGAGGCCAUGGCGGAGGUUCUCAAUCUGGAGAGCAUAAUUGCCCGUCUAUUGGAGGUGCGUGGCGCCCGGCCCGGCAAGAAUGUGCAGCUGUCGGAGGGCGAGAUACGAGGAUUGUGCCUCAAGUCACGAGAGAUACUGCUGGCGCAGCCCAUACUGUUGGAGCUGGAGGCGCCGCUCAAGAUUUGCGGCGAUAUCCAUGGCCAGUACUAUGAUCUGUUGCGUCUGUUCGAGUACGGCGGCUAUCCGCCGGAGGCUAACUAUCUCUUCUUGGGCGACUACGUGGACAGGGGCAAGCAGUCGCUGGAGACCAUCUGCCUGCUGUUGGCGUACAAGAUCAAAUAUUCGGAGAACUUCUUUUUGCUGCGCGGCAAUCACGAGUGCGCCAGCAUUAAUAGAAUCUAUGGAUUCUACGACGAGUGCAAGCGACGAUAUACCAUCAAGUUGUGGAAGACAUUCACGGACUGCUUCAACUGUCUGCCGGUGGUGGCCAUUGUGGACGAGAAGAUCUUUUGCUGCCACGGCGGACUGAGUCCGGAUCUCACCUCGAUGGAGCAGAUCCGUCGUAUUAUGCGUCCCACCGAUGUGCCCGAUCAGGGACUGCUCUGUGACUUGCUGUGGUCCGAUCCGGACAAGGACACCAUUGGAUGGGGCGAGAACGACCGUGGCGUUAGCUUCACCUUUGGCGCCGAGGUGGUGGUCAAGUUUCUCCAGAAGCACGAUCUGGAUCUGAUCUGUCGUGCCCAUCAGGUCGUCGAGGAUGGUUACGAGUUCUUCGCCAAGCGCCAAUUGGUCACCCUCUUUUCCGCUCCCAACUAUUGCGGUGAAUUUGACAAUGCUGGUGCCAUGAUGUCCGUGGACAAUACACUUAUGUGCUCCUUCCAAAUCCUGAAGCCCGUCGAGAAGCGCAAGAAGUAGAGGACAGCGAGAUCUGUUAACGCUUCCAGAUUUAUUAUUUUACACAAUAACACUGGCACGCAACUCAUUCAAAAUAUCCUACACGAAAUCGUUUCGAAAUCAUCAUAUCCACAGUCAUCCCUAAUCAACCGGAUCGUAGAAAUAGCCCAACCUCGACAUAUACCUCCAUGGAUCCUAAGGUUCAGGGGUAUGCACUACCCACUUCUUGCAUAUGUGUAAUAUUAAACCAAUGUUAUCAAAUGGAGUUUUUCCAGUGAACUCACAGAGAUUUGAACGCAGAGCUUAUACUUAGCUAAUGCAAAAUAUUGCCAUAUGUUACUUUUACAAAAAUAAACGUCCAAUUAAAUUCUCAA